ACCAUAGCCCCCCCCCCCUCUCUUUCUUCAUCCUGAUCUGUAUCUGUAUCAUGUGUGCUCAUGAUUGCCAGUACAGUUACACCAUAGACUGGUUCAAACCAGCUUUAAAGUGUUUUAACCCUUCGAGCAUUACCCAGCAUCUUGCUCCCCAGACCUGACCUGUCCCGCGUGUCUCUCUCGCUCUCUCUGACAACAAAAGUAUCUAUUCUUGUAACAAAUUUGUUGGAUAUAUUUGCAAUUUGUUUCAAAGUCUCUAAAUUUGAGAGAAUGCCUGCAUGACCUGCUGGCGUAGAGGUGCAGUCUGUUUUUGGGGAGUGUUAGUUGGGUGCAUGCAUACACAUAUAUAUAUUUAUAUAUGUGCUAGUGUACCCAACAAGACUUGGGUAGCAGGUAGGUGUGUCUUUGUCUCGAAGGGUUAAUGGAACUUUGUCAAAUUAUCAAGUGUUGUGGGUGUGGUAGAGACCGCAGGCAAAUAUCCGAAGUACUCAGAACACCACUGAAUCAGUUGAAGCAGUCCGACAACCAAAACACUUUGUCACUAUAUGUCCUGUGGCUGCAGCAGAGGUGCCAUGGGUGUUGGGUGAUUAAAGCUUGUACCCAUGAUCCGUUAAACCUUCUCUCACACACACACACAGGGCAGGACAUGACAUUACGUAAAGGACAGGGUGGCUUCUGGGUGCCAUUUAUUAGGCAUUCCAACAAUGGUACAUCCCAUGUUCUCAUAACUUGUAUUCCAGAGCCUUGAAAAUUCAGUUCCUAAUUUUGUAGACCAACUUUUCAUUUACCUUUUUUUUUGGGAACUACUACUACCAUAGAGCUCUGCACAGUAGGCGGUAUCUCCAUUGUUGGCUUCUGUUAGUAUUACUCAGGCAGCAGUUCGUACACUGAUGGAAGGUCCAGCUUCAACACAUUUGAAUUGGUCACUCAUUUGGAUACAGCUCAAGACCUAUUCUAGAAUAGCACACUCGAGGCUCCAUUUCAGAGUAAUGGAGUCACAGUACUAUUAAUAGAUCCUAGGUCUUUUUUUCUUGGCUUGGACACAAGGUCUAAUGUUCAAGACAUUUAUUAUCAAGGGAGGUGCAUUGUGCCUCUUUGCCAAAGGGCAUUUGUUCACAUGUUAAACUGACUUAGACUUGGCUUACAUAUAACGGCAGACAUGCUUUGUAUUAACCCUCAAUCACAAUAUUUAAAAUCCAGAAUAGCCAGUGGUAUUAAGCAGCCCUCAUAGUUCCAACAGGCUGCAUUUACAAAUCCAUGGGAACUCCAUAAAGCUGUGUUUAUUAUUCAAAGCUAUACAUGACCCCAACUUGAGCCCAACCUUUACUGGCUGAGCAUUAAACUUUAAAUGGCUUCGGUAAUUAGAUUGGGUACCUGAUGAAGGCAGACCACCGCAAAACCUGCGCACACAUGAUUUUUUUUCAGAACUACCUCUGAGGUGGAUCGCAUAGAUGGCAAAUUAGUGUAUAUUCACGAUUGAUAUUUCGUCUCUUGAAACAACAUUAUAUUGGCGUUUUCAUUGAAGGACACUUACCAUUGUGGAAAAAAAAAUUUGAGAUUGAUUACCUAAGCUAACUAACUGAAUGGGCAUGGCUUGCUGGCCAUUUGGUUUUCUGGAUUUCCCUUCCCAUUAUGCUCUGCAGUUUUAAAUCAGAGUAAACGAAAACUUUCCCAGAUAAAGUAGACACGCAUACAAGAGGCCUCAUAUAAAGGUUAUUAGGGUGGAACCAGCCUGCAUGUAAAAAGACAAAAAUCCUGGCAGACAAAUAUUUUAUUAGAAGUUAUUGUGUAAAUAUAUUUCUAUUUUGUAGCUACAUAAAAUAGAAAUAUAUAAAGAAAUCUGUGUACCACUAUUCCACAGGCCCAUACUAACUGUCCUUAAUUUCUCUCCUACAGCAGUACUGCUUUGCCAGUCCUGUCUGCACUCUCUCUUAAGGGUGCAGCAACUCAUCCUGUGUAGGUUAUGGUGAACAAAAACAGAAGCGAAUUUUGUCAGGGCCCUGUUGGGGUCAUUCAGCCCAAAUAUGAAGGCAGCGGGUCCUUUUCAGAAAAAAAACAAACAUGGGCUCGGCAAUUUUAUAAUCUCAGACCUUAAUGUCAAUGAGAAGGAAAACUAUUCAGCUUCAUCCUGACCCUACAACCCCAGUCAUCAUUUGAUUUUGACUCAUCAGCUUUUAUUUUUGGCUAGAAUAAUUUUUCUAGGAUAAAGAUUUUUUAAAUUAAUUUUGUUAAACAAUUCCAAAGUCCCCUGUUCCGCUCCAAAAGGGAAGCCAAGGUAUCUAUUUCCAUUCCAGCCAUUCUUUGGACCUUACCAUCUGCCUUGGCUUCAUUAAACUACUGUUAUUCCAAGUCAUGGAGCAUCUGUAUUUUUUGGGGGGGUCACUUUAAGGUUUGAAUAGGAGUGGGGGAUUUUUUGUUUUUUAUUUUUUUAUAAAUGAGUGACGUGAACAUCAUCAGGUGGUAUGCUUUUGUGUGUGAGUUCAAACCCUUUUCCAAAGUGUUACUAAUGGUAAAGAGAAAUUUUCUAGGCUUCUUUUCUGCCGGUUGAAGUCUGACUGCAGAAGGACCCUUGGCACUGAAAGUGGGGUAAAACACCAGAUCCCAAGCUUCAGGUCAGGACAUACAUGGACGUCAUGAAAGAGCAACACCUGUCCAAGGAAGAGAGAGAGAUCAGGAUGCAGUUAGCAGAGAAGGCUAAGUCUGGGGACCUGAAAGCUGUGAACGGCUCAGCUGCUUCCCAGGCUGCAACAGCCAAACGUAAGCGACGCUGGGAUCAAACAGCUGAUCAGACUCCCAGCAAUGCCACACCCAAAAAGGUCUCCAGCUGGGACCAGGCAGAUGCUGUCACGGAGACCCCUGGACACACACCUUCCAACAGUCGCUGGGAUGAGACUCCUGGCCGACCCAAGGGCAGCGAGACACCCGGCGCCACACCUAGUACACGCAUGUGGGAGCCUACUCCCAGUCACACUCCUGCUGGCGCUGCAACACCUGGCCGUGGAGACACCCCUGGCCAUGCUACACCUGGCCAUGGAGGGGCGACAUCCAGUGUGCGCAAGAACCGCUGGGAUGAGACACCAAAGACAGAGAGAGAGACUCCUGGCCAUGGUAGCGGCUGGGCUGAGACUCCACGCACAGACAGAGGUGAUGAGUCUGUAGGAGAGACACCAACGCCAGGAGCAAGCAAGAGAAAAUCUCGUUGGGAUGAGACCCCUGCCAGUCAGAUGGGCUCUUCUACACCUCUGCUUACCCCAGGAAAGACUCCUAUUGGCACACCUGCCAUGAAUAUGGCCACACCCACUCCAGGUCACCUGAUGAGUAUGACCCCAGAGCAGCUGCAGGCCUGGCGCUGGGAAAGGGAAAUCGACGAGAGGAAUCGUCCAUUGACAGAUGAGGAACUGGAUGCCAUGUUCCCUGAGGGCUAUAAGGUGCUGCCUCCACCGGCAGGGUACGUUCCCAUCCGCACCCCAGCACGGAAGCUGACAGCCACACCCACUCCCAUUGGAGGGAUGACAGGUUUCCACAUGCAGACUGAGGAUCGCUCCAUGAAACAAGUCAACGACCAGCCCUCUGGCAACCUCCCCUUCCUCAAACCAGAUGAUAUUCAGUACUUCGACAAGCUUCUGGUGGAGGUAGAUGAGUCCACACUCAGCCCAGAGGAGCAGAAAGAAAGAAAGAUCAUGAAGCUUCUGCUGAAGAUCAAAAACGGAACGCCUCCUAUGAGAAAGGCUGCUCUUCGCCAGAUCACAGACAAGGCUCGGGAGUUUGGCGCUGGACCUCUCUUCAACCAGAUUCUGCCUCUGCUCAUGUCCCCCACCCUAGAGGACCAGGAGCGCCACCUUCUGGUGAAGGUCAUUGACCGAAUCCUUUACAAAUUGGACGACUUGGUUCGCCCAUAUGUCCACAAGAUUCUGGUGGUGAUUGAGCCUUUGUUGAUUGAUGAGGAUUACUAUGCCAGAGUGGAAGGCAGAGAGAUCAUCUCCAACUUGGCUAAGGCUGCCGGUCUGGCCACCAUGAUCUCCACCAUGAGGCCUGAUAUUGACAACAUGGACGAGUAUGUGAGAAACACAACGGCUCGUGCCUUCGCUGUGGUAGCGUCUGCUCUGGGUAUUCCAUCUCUCCUGCCUUUCCUCAAGGCUGUGUGUAAGAGCAAGAAGUCCUGGCAGGCUCGACACACUGGCAUCAAAAUUGUCCAGCAGAUUGCCAUCCUCAUGGGCUGUGCCAUCUUGCCUCAUCUCCGGAGCUUGGUGGAAAUCAUUGAGCAUGGUCUGGUGGAUGAACAGCAGAAGGUGCGAACCAUCAGUGCUUUGGCUAUUGCUGCCUUGGCUGAGGCUGCAACACCCUAUGGUAUUGAGUCUUUUGACUCAGUGCUUAAACCCCUGUGGAAGGGUAUCAGACAGCACAGAGGCAAGGGUCUUGCUGCUUUCUUAAAAGCCAUUGGGUACUUGAUCCCACUAAUGGAUGCUGAAUAUGCCAACUACUAUACCAGAGAAGUGAUGCUUAUUCUCAUCAGAGAGUUCCAGUCCCCUGACGAGGAGAUGAAAAAGAUUGUACUUAAGGUGGUAAAACAGUGCUGUGGCACAGAUGGUGUGGAGGCCAACUAUAUCAAGACAGAAAUUCUGCCUCCAUUCUUCAAACAUUUUUGGCAGCACAGGAUGGCCCUGGACAGGCGCAAUUACAGACAGCUGGUGGAUACGACAGUGGAACUGGCCAAUAAAGUGGGUGCGGCAGAGAUUAUCUCGAGAAUCGUGGAUGACCUGAAGGAUGAAGCUGAGCAGUACAGAAAAAUGGUGAUGGAGACCAUCGAAAAGAUCAUGGGGAACCUGGGUGCGGCCGACAUUGAUCACAAACUGGAGGAACAACUUAUUGACGGCAUCUUGUAUGCCUUCCAGGAGCAGACCACAGAGGAUUCUGUGAUGCUGAACGGGUUUGGCACAGUGGUGAACGCACUGGGCAAACGAGUGAAACCUUACUUGCCACAGAUCUGUGGUACUGUCCUCUGGCGUCUCAACAACAAGUCUGCCAAAGUACGUCAGCAAGCCGCAGAUCUGAUAUCUCGCACAGCUGUGGUUAUGAAAACCUGCCAGGAGGAAAAGCUGAUGGGUCAUUUGGGUGUUGUGUUGUAUGAGUACCUGGGAGAAGAAUACCCUGAGGUACUGGGAAGCAUUCUUGGUGCCCUGAAGGCCAUUGUCAACGUCAUUGGUAUGCACAAAAUGACACCACCAAUCAAAGACUUGUUGCCCCGUCUGACGCCCAUCUUGAAGAACAGACAUGAGAAAGUACAGGAGAAUUGUAUCGACCUGGUGGGCAGAAUUGCUGACAGGGGUGCAGAGUAUGUGUCUGCCAGAGAGUGGAUGCGUAUCUGCUUUGAGUUACUGGAGCUGCUGAAGGCUCACAAAAAGGCUAUCCGUCGAGCCACUGUCAACACAUUUGGUUAUAUCGCCAAGGCCAUUGGGCCACAUGAUGUGCUGGCAACAUUGCUGAACAAUUUGAAGGUGCAGGAGCGUCAGAACCGUGUGUGUACGACAGUGGCCAUCGCUAUCGUGGCGGAGACGUGUUCGCCCUUCACUGUGCUACCUGCACUGAUGAACGAGUACCGUGUGCCAGAGCUCAACGUACAGAAUGGUGUUCUCAAGUCACUGUCCUUCCUGUUUGAGUAUAUCGGUGAAAUGGGCAAGGACUACAUCUAUGCUGUCACUCCUCUGUUAGAGGAUGCUUUGAUGGACAGAGAUCUGGUGCACAGACAAACGGCCAGUGCUGUGGUUCAGCACAUGUCUUUGGGUGUAUACGGGUUUGGCUGUGAGGACUCUCUCAACCACUUGCUUAAUUACGUGUGGCCCAACGUCUUUGAGACGUCACCACACGUCAUCCAAGCAGUGAUGGGAGCUCUGGAGGGACUCCGGGUGGCUAUCGGGCCCUGUCGUAUGCUACAGUACUGCCUGCAGGGUCUGUUUCACCCUGCUCGGAAAGUGCGAGAUGUGUACUGGAAAAUUUAUAACUCCAUCUAUAUUGGCUCCCAGGAUGCACUGAUAGCACACUACCCACUCAUCUACAACGACGAGAAGAACCCAUACGUCCGCUACGAGCUGGAGUAUGUCCUGUGAAUACACCUCCACCUUUACACGUGCUCUCUCUCUCUUUCUGCGAUCUCUGUGUCCUACCUUCUGUGUUUAAUAAAACCUGGUCCAUUAUUAUUUUUUUUUUAAUUGUUAUUUAGUUCUCUGGUAGCUGGUGACCAAUCUACCACAGGCACUGUGGUCAGAGAUUCAUUUUUAAUAAAAGACGUAAGAAAAUAGAGUAAAAAAAAAUAAACGGAACAAGUUUUUUUUUUUGUUUUCUUUUUACAGUUUUUCUGUGACUAUUGACAACAAAAGGUUGUGGCAUAUUGGCUAAGAUAUGUGAAGCCAUUAGCAGGAAAAAGUCUUCAUAAAACUUUUAAUAUUGUUUUCAUGGUUUCCUUGUGUUGGCCUCUGUCAGCUGCUCAUUAUUGAUGCUCAUCAAUCUCUCAUUUAUUCUUACUGGGAUGAUGCUUAAUUUGACUGAAAUAAACAUUUGUGUA